CGUCAGUUUAGAACAAAAGAAGGACCAGUUUAAAGCAGGAGUAAAAAUAAAAAUGAUAUUCACAGCCUUGUUAGCAUGCUUGGCUGUUGCCAAUGGUGCCAAUGUGGAACGCCGUGGUCUUCAGCCGAUGGAUACGUUUUCCCUACAAACGUUUAUACAACUGUUCCGACAGACAUUGCUGGACAAGGUCGCCAUAGAAAUGAAUGCUACUGUCGACAUGAGCAAGCAGCUGAAGAUUAAAAUGGACAACUGUAAACCUAAGAUAACUGUCAAGACUAACGAAUGUAAAAGUUGUGCAAAAUCAGCAUGCCAUGCUGAUCCAUCAUUCUCGGAUUAUCUUGCGCUUGCCAAUCCCUACACAUAUCUGGAAGGACCUUUGAACGACAUGGCCGGAAAAUUAGGUAAUGCUGUGGAUCUUCUUGGAGAUAAAGCUGCUGGUUUUGUUAAGUCAAUGAAAGAUUUGGGAGGUUCUGCCUCAGGAGGGGUAGCUGAUGGUUUCUCAUCUGCCUUUAGUACAAUGAAAGACGGGCUUGAUAAAGUGGGUAGUACUUUAACUGAUGCUGGUAAUGCAGUAAUUGAUACAGCUGGACUACUUGGGGACGGAUUUACAGAUUUAGGACAUGGUUUGACGGACGGUCUCAACAAUGCUGGUCAUGAAAUCGAACAUAUUGGAAGCAGUAUAGGUCAUGCCAUUGGAGGUAUCUUUGGAAAGAAACGAGAAAUCGACGCAAAGACAAGACAUUGUAUGGAAAAAUGCGCUUCUUGCAGACCAUUGCUCUUACCUACCCAAGCUGAAGUGAUCACUGCUGUAUGCGGAGCCGACAUUGUCAAAAUGAAUACCACAAUGACUAGCAAGGUCAGCAAGCUUCAGAAAGUAUAUGACGCCGCUCUAGAUAAGGCACAUCCCAUCAUUACAAAGCUUCAAUACGACCCUACAUCAAUGAAUAGCAAGAUGCAAUUAAGCAAUGUACACAUCACCGUGCACUUGAACGGACAUGACAUCUCUUACAAGACAGCUGUACCCUACUCGAUGAUGAAUAUCCCCGAGACUGCCAGAAGCAUGGCAAUGGAAUAUUGGGGAAAAGUUGAUGCCUGAAAUAACUGAUAGUCUAUGUUGUUAAAUUACUUGUUGAAAAUAAAGAUAAUUAAAUGA